UGCACCUUCUUGCUUGGACACUCCACUCUUGCUACUAGUUAGUUUUGCUGCUAGCUAGCUAGCAGUGCACUGCCCACUAGCGAAUAGCGAUGACGAGGAGUAGGCAUAUUGCGAUGGUGUGCUGCAGCUGCGCGCUGCUGCUCCAAGUGACGAUGAGUGUUGUUUCCGGCGAGGGGCAGCUGAGGCUGAACUUCUACUCGGAGAGCUGCCCUCGGGCGGAGGAGGUGGUGAGGGAGCAGGUGCAGAGGCUGUACGAGGAGCACGGCAACACGGCGGUGUCGUGGGUGAGGGCCCUCUUCCACGACUGCAUGGUCAAGUCCUGCGACGCCUCCCUGCUGCUGGAGACCACGCCCACCGGCGCCAUCUCCGAGCAGGCCUCCCACCGCAGCUUCGGCAUGCGCAACUUCAAGUACAUCACCGCCAUCAAGGCCGCCGUGGAGCGGGAGUGCCCAGGCACCGUCUCCUGCGCCGACAUCCUGGCGCUGGCGGCCCGGGACGGCGUGGCCAUGCUGGGAGGGCCGGCGCCGGUGGGCAUGCGGACGGGGCGGCGGGACAGCAGGGAGAGCUACUACGGCGUGGUGGAGCGGUACAUCCCCAACCACAACGACAGCGUGUCGACGGUGCUGGCGCGGUUCGCGGGGAUGGGCGUGGACACGGAGGGGGCGGUGGCGCUGCUGGGCGCGCACUCGGUGGGCCGCGUGCACUGCUUCAACCUGGUGGGGAGGCUGUACCCGGAGGUGGACGGUAGCAUGGAGGCGGCGUACGGAGAGUACCUGCGGGGGAGGUGCCCCACGGCGGAGGCGGCGGAGGACACUGGGGAGGUGGUGUACGCGCGCAACGACCGCGCCACGCCCAUGCUGCUGGACAACAUGUACUACCGCAACCUCCUCGCCGGCCGCGGCCUCCUCCUUGUGGACCAGCAGCUUGCCUCCGACCCCCGCACGUCUCCCUACGUCCGCCGGAUGGCCGCCGACAACGCCUACUUCCACCAGCGUUUCGCCGCCACGCUGCUCACCAUGUCCGAGAACGCGCCGCUCACCGGCGCCCAGGGAGAGGUCAGGAAGGAUUGCAGGUUCGUCAACUCCAGCUAGGUAGUAGUAAUUCUAUAUAUGCAUGAUCGAUGUCAAAAUAAGGUAAGGUGCAGUGCGCCAAAUAUAUAUGUCAUCCACCCGUAACUCCAAAACUCGAUCUCAUGUGAAUUACUGUGCGUGCCUGCCACGAACUGUACGUCCCUUAGCUUGUUACUACUACUGUACGUAUAUAUAGUAUCAUCUCUCGCUAUAAUGGAAAACCGU